AUGUAUGGUCUUACCACGUUUAUAAUGCACUUCUUCCCAAUUUGUACUAUAGUCGCUUCUUUAUGGCUCGCUUACAGGUUCUAUAAACUCAUGGCAAUACCCAUGUAUAAGAUAAUAUCAGAUUUGAAUAUUCGUACUCCACCAGCAAUAAAGGCUUCUAUUGAUAGAAUCACCAAUGAUUCCAUAACCGUUCAUUGGGAAAACGAACCGCUAGAUAAAGGAACUUCUCAUAUUUCACAUUUUAUUCUAUAUUUAAAUAAUAUUCAGUUAGCAAUAUUUCGAAAUGAUCCAAAAUUGUUGUACACAUGCUGCCUAAUUACCGGAUUGGAACAGCAUAAACAAUAUCAAUUGGAUUUUGUCACUACAAAUGAAAUGGGGUUUGUUAAUAAGUUACCUUCAUUAUAUUGCAUGACUAGAUCAAUAGCCAACGAAAAUAAAUUAGAAGAUUUCAAUGAUUCAUUAGAGAAAAAUGUUGAUUUAACUGCCCACCAACUACCAGGUGAUGAUAUUAUUGGUUCACCAUCUACCACAAAGACAAGAAAAUGGAGAAGAAAUACAGUUUCUUCCAUUAAUCAGGUUGAUAUAAAUUCAGCUUCUCCAGUGGCUUCGCAUAUUCCUUCCUAUACAAAUUUAGCUAAAUUACAAGAUUUAGAUAAUUUUUCCAUAGAUGAUUUGAAAAAAAUUCUUAUUUGUGCCCAGGAAGAUUUACAUGAAGUUUUAUCUCAACAAACCACAGCUAUACAGGAUUUCCAUGAAAAUAAAAUAAAUCUACAACUUGAAUUAGAAAAUUUAAAAUCUCAAUGGUCCCAUGAAAAUGAUCUUAGAAAAUCCAUAAAAUCUAAUAUUAAAUCAUUAGAAAAUGCAAAACUUUUAUCAGAUUUGAAAUUUGAAAAGGCUAAUCAAAAAAUUGAAACAAUUAAUUCCAAAAUAGACAAGAUGAAAAAAGAUAUUGAGAAAUGGGAAGCCAGCGAAUUAGAUAGUUUGAAUAUUGAUAAAUUGAAGAAAAGAUACGAUGGCUUGAUAAAAGAAAUGGAAAAUAAAAUUUCUGUUACGACAAAGGAAGUUGACACUUUACAACAAAAUGUAGCAGAACAAGAGAUAGAAAAUAAAAAAUUAAAUUCACUUAAGAAAUCUUCUUCUUCAACUAAUUUAGCUGAUUACACGAGUAAUAAUAAUAACAAUAAUAGUAAUGGUAAUAAUCAACAAUCUGGAAAGACGGUUGAUUCCCAUCAACAAUCUGCUAAACUAUUGAAGAAAAUUAACGAAUGUAUAUCUGAGAAGACUGGUAUUCUUAACAACGGUGGUGAAUACUAUUUGUCCAAAUUAAAUCAAAAUAGUCCUGUGGUUUCACUAAUAAAGGAACAAUUACGAAUUGAUCAGGAAUUAGAACAAAAAUGGAGAACUAAAAAGAUUAGACUAAUCAAAAGGAUUAAAUUUCUAGAAAAUAAGUUUAACAAUGCAAGCACUGAAAGUAGACAAUUAAAAACUAGUGUCUUUGCAAGAACCUACCAACAACAAAAUGAUUUGCCCUCUGAUUUUGUUCCGAUUGUGCCAACUACUUCAUACAAUUCCUCAAAAGUAAAUACUACCUACAGUAAUUCUGACCUGAAUGCUAUGCCUUCCAAUGAUAUGUCUAACCAAUCUCCUCAAUUCAUAAAUACAUCCAAUACCAGGGAAAUAAACCCUUUAUUAUCUGCAUUUAAUGUGUCUACGCUUAAUGAAAAUACAAGUCCAAGAAUGUCUAUGGAUCAGUCCCUAAAUGAUGACUUUAACAUGAUGACUGUAUCACCAACAGUUAAUCAGUCCCAAUUUGUGAAUCCUAUGCAGAGCACAGCUGGUAGUAUGAUUGAUAAUAACAAUUCUAUUAAUGCUCUUUCCUCCUUUGGGAGAGGAACAGCUACCACAGCUACCAGUGAGAUUAUUGCUGCCCGAACUUUUCCAUGGGGAUCUUCUGAUCAACAGAACCAAUCUGUUCAAUAUUCUGGAUCUUUGCCCAAACAAGAUUAUAUUAAUAAUGGAUUUGAAUAUAAUGAUACUAAUCAUCUUAUUACAGGUUUGGAAAACAUGAUAUAUGAUGAGAAUGAAAAUGCGGAUAAAGUUAGUAAUUAUUCAAAGAUUUACACCAAUGACCAAUUGGAUAAUUACUGGACGAAUCAAAAGGACACUAGUAAUGGAUCUAUUGUACCUUUAAGGAAUACAGAUAGUCUUGAUAAUGGAAGUGGUGCUAGUGCGGGUUUAGUAUUUAAUAAUGAUAUUGUGCCAAUGGGUAACCCAUUACCUUCCUACACAAAUGAGAUGAAUGUUCCUGUUUCGUCUUCCCCUUUGGCAACACAUACAGCAGCUAUAAUGAAUGAUACUCCUAAUACUUCCAUUAAUCUAAUACAACCUCAAAGUUUACUUGCAGCAACCUUGAAUGAUCCUGCAACUAUGUCACCAUUUCAAGACAAUAAUCUAACCAUGUCUCAGUCCGAAUCUGCAUUUAGAAAUACACUCAACAAUGGCGGGGCUGCUAUGGACACAUUUUUAUCUGGAGCACAUCCGCUUUCCCCUCAUAAUUCUCAAUCCUUGGGCGGUGCUACCCAAGAUGUAGAAUUAUUAAAUUAUAGUCAACAGCCUGCACAACCAUUUUCAUCACAUUUGCUCACUGGUACUCCAAAGACAACUAAUUUGGAUCACGGUUUUGGCCAAUUAGUUGCAAAUAGUAAAGAUUCCAUUACAGAAGAGGAUACUAAUCAAUCCAAGCACGGUACCCACGAUUCGAUAUUUCAUUCACCUUCCUUUAAUUUUAUAUGGCAAACUACAACUUCCCCAUCCAAGAGUCAUGGUAAUAAAACGAAUGGUCUAACUCCAAAUUUGACUUCUCCAACUAAACCGGAAACUAAAAAAGAACAUAUGAUAUCUUCUCCAAUCAAGUCGAAACGUAGUGAUAGUAAUCGAACGCAUAAGAGGGACAAGAGUGCUGGUAGUGUUUCUAGUUGGAGUAAUAAACUUUCGUUGAAGAGUCGUCAAUCCGUUACGUCAACAGUGGUUGAAGACAAUGCUAGUGAAGAUGACAAUAGUAUUGAUUCAGGUGCAUCCAACAUUGCUCAACCGGUAGGUAAGAAGACUGGAUCAGGGUCUAGUGGUAGACGUAUCACAAGACUUUUAUCUAAGAGUGGUAUGAAUAACUUAUUUAACUUACCAGGCCAUGAGUCCCAACAACCAACAUCAUCUACAUAA